AUGGACAACGCGGUGACCCUCGUGGGAUUGGCAGGGUGGGACGUCCUGUGGCAAAUGCGGGGGCUGGCUCUCUCCCGCCCGCCCCCCAUGCGACUAACCUCCCCGGCGGAGAGGGCUGAGAGGGAUAGGCAGGCCCUCAAGCUCACCAUGGGGCCCAGGCGCGGGAUCGUGGCGUGUAACGGGCGGGCGGGGCACGUCCAGUUCUACAACGUGGGCACCAACUGCCUCGAGGCUAGUGCGGAGGUUGUGAGGUUCAACAGGGACACCUCGGCCAAGAGCUGGCAAUCGGACCACCUGUCCAAGAUGCAACGCGGCAGGAGUGAUGGUGGUACCGGUGGUGCCGGUGGUGCCGGUUCUGUUGGGCCAGUGGUGGAGCACGUCGCCUUCUCUUCCGACGGCAAGAGAAUGGUGGCGGUAGCCUCCCGGGCCCAGGCGGCUUCCCCUUCGCUAUCCUUCUGGAAACACGCCAGGGGGUCAGACCCGUUCGGGUCCAACAACGGCGGCUACACGGGCAGCUACGCGGGAGCGCGCAACUCCGGCGGCGGUGGAGGCGGCGGGCGGGGAGGGGGGACCUCGGGGCACUGGGCUGCGGACACUAGCGUCGAGAACCCUCACGGGGCGGGCAACGCGGUGGCCGCCCUGGAGUAUCACCCCCGGGAGAACGUUGUCGUCACAGCCGGCAAGCAGGACGGCGGUUUCAACUUGUGGGGGCUAAGGAGAACAGACAACGCCUUGGAAUCGCUAGCCGCCGCUAAGGGCGGCGGCGGCGUUCGGGCUGAGGGAGAGGGGGAGCAGGCGGUGCACUGGGCUUGCUCGCUGUCGGUGCGGUAUAAGGAGGGCUUGGCGGCAACUGGGGUCUCCUUCAGCUCCGACGGCUCUGUCCUUGCCGUGGCCUACUCUCCCACCGAGGAGGUCAACGGGGACGGCAACAACGGCACACGCAAGGGGCAGCGGCGGCGGAAGCACAGCACCGGCCAAGGCGUUAUCACGCUGUGGUCGCUAGAGACGGCGACUCUGCUGUCGACGCUGCUGCCCCCUAGAACACAACACGUUCGUUUUGCUUCGCCCAAAACUGGCCCGCUCAAGUGCCUCGGUUUCAUCGCGGCGAGCGGGAGGAUUAUGGCGGCGGGGAGCGGGUACGCGGCCGUGUGGGACAUGGUCUCUCCGGAGCCAACACCUCUUUGGGAGUACCGGGCGCACGUCCGAGCGGCCGCUACAGCCGACCCUCGCUCGGUCGUCCGCUGCGGGAAGGCCGGCGUUUCUGUGGAGGGGAGAGGCGUGGGAGACGUGGCGUUGUGUGUUGAUGCCGCUAGCCUUGGAGGGGAAGGGGACGGGCCCAAGCGCGGUUCGGUAGUGCUUCUACUCAACUCCGGCGACCCAACCCCGCUCCACACCUGGAGGCUGCCGGGCGACACGCCGACGAGCAUGCGGCUGCUGCUUGGCAGCGGCGGGGGGCGGGAAGGCGUGCUCUGCCUCACGCAGAGGGGCGAGUUGCUUAUGCUCUCGGUGGCCGGGGCACCGUCGACUGCGGCGGGGAGGGGGGAAGCGUCGGUUCCGCGGCCGCGACAGCAGCAGGUUGCCAGCGGCGUGGGAGUUCUCCGGAUGAAGCACGGCGCCUCUGCCCCGGCCCUGCACCUCUCUGCCGCGUCCAAGAGAGCGCUGUUGGCGGUCGAUCUCGCCGCUUCCGACCCCGCAUUGGCAUCGGGCGGCGGGGGGAAACGCCUGAGGGUUUCUACAGCUACAGCAGGAGGUGACGACGGCGAGGAGGAGGAGGAGGGGCCUGAUGUUGGUCACGCUGGAGGGCGGGAGGCCCUGCUCCGCUCCGGGCAGCGAGUUUCCGACAUCCUCGACCCGUCCACUAUCAACCUCGCCCCAGUCCCCGACAUGUACCAGGCCUUCAUGAGCACGCUGGUCAAACCCGCCCCGCUCCAGCAGCAGCAAAAGAGCCGAAUGGGUGGGGCGCCUUUUGACAAUACCCUUGCCGGAGGUGCUGGUAGCAAGCCGUCGAAGGGGAGGGGGAGGGGGCACCGCGGUGGAGACAAGGGCCUGGUGACCCCCCCCUCCGUGGUGGAAGAGGGGCUGCUAUCGAUGCUUGCGAAGAAGCUGAAGACGUAGUUUGGUGAGGGCGACGUGGACGAAAUGAUCGACCCCCUUUCGCCCCUCACGCGUUCAUGCGUCAUAUCAGCAUCGAAACGGUGGUGUUGUACGCGCAAAGCACCUCCCAUUUUGCUUUACCCUUGGGUUCAUCAACCUUUCGUCCUGUUCUAAAUGAUCAACUUCUUUUCUUAAGCGU